AUGGCGCCCCUAGACCCGGGCGCUGCUUCAAUCUCGGUCGCAGUCCGAGUGCGACCGUUCACAGUUAGAGAAGCCGCCCAAAUAGUCAAGCAUGACGACGGCACAAUGUUUCUCGGCGACGGGUCGCUCGCUGGCGCACCGCCAAAGCUGCAUCAGCGCGGGAUCCGAUCGGUAAUCAAGGUGGUGGACGACAGAUGCCUCGUGUUCGACCCCCCCGAAGACAACCCGAUGCAGAAGUUCUCCAGGUCGGUCGUGCCGAUGGGGAAAAAGGUCAAGGAUCAGAUCUUUGCCUUCGAUCGCAUAUUCGACGACAACGCUUCCCAGGUCGACGUCUACGAGGGCACGACAAAAAACCUCCUUGACAGCGUCCUCGACGGCUACAAUGCCACCGUCUUCGCCUACGGCGCUACAGGGUGCGGCAAGACGCACACCAUCACGGGCACGUCGCAGCAGCCCGGCAUCAUCUUUCUGACCAUGCAGGAGCUGUUUGAGAAGAUCAACGAGCGCAGCAGCGAGAAGACCACAGAGGUUACCCUGUCGUACCUCGAAAUCUACAACGAGACGAUCCGCGAUCUGCUCGUGCCUGGCGGCAGCAAGCAGGGGCUCAUGCUACGCGAGGAUACGAACCAAGCCGUCACGGUCGCCGGCCUCACCAGCCACCACCCCAGAGACGUCCAGGAGGUCAUGGAUAUGAUAGUACAGGGCAACGAGUACCGCACAGUGUCGCCCACCGCGGCAAACGCCGUCUCGUCACGCUCCCAUGCCGUCUUGCAGAUCAACAUUGCGCAAAAAGAUCGCAACGCAGACAUCAACGAGCCGCACACUAUGGCCACGCUGAGCAUCAUCGACUUGGCGGGAAGCGAGCGCGCAAGCGCCACCAAGAACCGAGGGGAGCGGCUGCUCGAGGGCGCCAACAUCAACAAGUCGCUGCUGGCUCUGGGCAGCUGCAUCAACGCGCUGUGCGACCCACGAAAGAAGAACCACGUGCCCUACCGGAACAGCAAGCUCACCCGCCUGCUGAAAUUCUCCCUGGGUGGCAACUGCAAGACGGUCAUGAUUGUCUGCGUCAGUCCGUCGAGCGAACACUUUGACGAGACCCAAAACACUCUCCGCUACGCCAACCGCGCCAAGAACAUCCAGACCAAGGUCACGCGCAACGUCUUCAAUGUGAACCGCCACGUCAAGGACUUCCUGGUCAAGAUUGACGAGCAGAUGGCCAUGAUAAACGAGCUCAAGGCGCAGCAGAAAGACGCCGAGAGCAUAUUCUUCGCCAAGUUCCGCAAGCUGACGGAAAAGCGCGACGGCGUGGUGCGCGACGGCAUCAUGAGACUACGCGCAGCCUACGAAAAUGCCGCCGCAGAGCGCCAAGACAAGAUCAACUCGAUGAAAAAGUUGAGGACAAUCGAGCGGCGGAUCGGGCUGCUCUCGGCCUGGACUGCCGCGUUCGACACAGUUUGCGAUAGCCGCGAAAGCGAGGACGCAAUGGCGCCUAGCCUGGCCGCCAUUCGCAAAACGGCGCAGGGCAUUCUGGUUGAGCUGGAGGCAAGCAGGCAGCACAUCCACCAGAAGCUCGACCGGUCGAACUGGGAACGAGCCCUCGACUCGGCCUUGCACCACAGCAUCUCCCAGCUACCGUCGGGAGAUGGAACUUCGGAUGGCUCAGAGCAAGACACGUUGUUGCGCGAAGCCGAGAUGCUCAAGGCAGGCUUUAUGAGAGACGCCUAUCGGGAGGUGCUCGAGCACGACAAGGCUGGUGAUGCAGCGGUCCUGCAAGUCCUUCUCGCGGCCCAGUUCGACAUUCUGUCAUCGCUCUCGGAGCUGCUCACCAUGAGCGAGGAGGAAGCCGUCUCCCACGCGAAAUCCACCAUCAAGCGCCUUCUCGAGACGGGAUUCUCGGCGGCGUCGCACGUCGUAAAACCCGACGGCGCAAUGAUGCCCGUCGAGCUGUUCCCGCCAACAAAGCGCGGCACUCCCAAGCGCAAGAAGGCUGCCCCUGUCAACGUCCGGCCUGUUGCCGCUCCUGGUUUGGCGGCAAUAUCUGCCGCGCAGCAGCAGGCCCUUGUUUCUCCGGUGAAGGCAUCUCCUCGGCGUCGUAAGUUUGGCGCGGUGCGGAAGGGCGUGUCCUUUACCCCGGUUAAGAAGAAGCCGACUGUCCGGUGGCGCGAUGACGAGACAGAACAAGGAACCAUAGCCGACUUUGAGAAGACGCCGCAAGCUUUCACGUCGCCCGAUGAGGCCGCGAUCGAGCCACCAGUCCCCGUUCGGCCUCCGGUGCCCUCAUACCUCAACCACAUGAACUCUCCCCAAGAGUCCAGCCCCUCCCUCGCCCUUCCCGACGUAUCAUCGCUCCAGGUCGGUAAACCAAACAGGUUCCAAGCGGGCUUCUUGUCGAAGGGCCGGCUGUCAAGCCAAGGGUCCGGAAACGGCUCCCCGACGCCUCCGACAAUGACGCUGAACUUGACGUCCUCACCGGACAACGAAGACCGCCCGACGCCCUUGCGCAGCAUUCCCGUGAGCCGAGCAUCUAAUGUCUACUCGUCUCCGAGGAACGGCAGCCCAAAGGUCCCCACCAUGUUGUCAACACUGGACGAGAAUGAUCCACCCCGGCAAUUAUUGUCGAUACCUGUUCCCGCUGCAUCUGGCUCGGAUUCCGAGACGUCUACUAUCGAUCCGUUCAAGCUGCGGUCGGCACUCCACUCCAGCAAACGGCGCGACCGGCUUUCCUCGGCGUCGAGCCAUGCUUCAACUUCAAAACGCCUGUCCUCGGCCGGCUCGGGGUCCGGGCACCACCGUGCCUCGGCCAGCUAUUCCGGCCCGCUGUCGAGCUCCACAAACGGCAUCUCCCGCCACCGACGCGGAAGCGCCGAGCGCCGCCGGUCUCCGCCCAUCACGUGCUCUCCGCCGUCGCUGGGCAACGACUCGCUGGUGGCCGCAAGGUCUCUGACGCCCGGGCAGGCCCGCCGCAUGAACCUGGGCGGCAGCGUGCGCCUCGACGGCAUCAGCCCCCAGCGCGAGCGCAUCGAUGGCAAGGCUAGGAGAAUUACCAUUGGAAGCGCGGGCAUGGCGGCCGCGAACCACAAUGCCGGCCCGGCGAGGCCGCAGAGGUCAAGUGUGAUUUGGCGGUAA